AUGAAAUAUAUCGUGGUUAUUAUUGUAUUAUUUCUUAUAUUUCACAAAACCUUUGCUUGGGAAUAUAAAGGAGAUUGUACAGAUAUUGACAUCACGUACAUAGAAUUUACACAAAAAAAUCAGGUCACAGUAACCGUACAUGGUCCGUCAAAAUAUGAAAAUCCUGAACAUGCACCUUGUUGUUUGCAACAAGGGCCAAUGAUCAUUGGCGAUUAUAAAUUUUAUAACCCUGCCUCAACUAACCCAACUGACCUGAUUUCUACUGUUUGGGAUGGCCGUCAAUGGGUAAAUGGGUACUCUGAGGAUAAAUCCGCAAAUAUAUAUGAUUGUUUAAGUGGGAGUUUUGAUUGUAAUACACUUUAUGAAGGAGAAGUUGAUUACACACGUUCUGACAAUUUUGAUUCCUCAAAAUUUCCCCCUCCGACUGGUUUAGUCUUAUUGCAAAUGAAAGUAUAUGCUUAUUGUCACUAUGAAAGGCGUACGACUUGCGAGAGGGGUUGCAUACUAACCAGUUACGUAAUAUAUAAUCCACCAAACUAG